GGACCGCCCCCCGACGGCGGUGUUAAGGCCUGGACACAGGCUCUCAUGGCCCAUUUUGUUGUUAUCAAUACUUGGGGAACAAUCAACUCUUUCGGCAUUUUUCAAACAUUCUAUCGAGAUCAUAUUUCUCGGUCGGAUUCUGAGAUUAGCUGGAUUGGUUCUAUGCAAGUCUUUUUUCUUUUCGUCGUUGGUGUAUUUACCGGGCGUCUCACCGAUGCUGGGUAUUUUCGAGCAGUCUUUGCCUCAGGAUCUACGCUGGUAGUACUGGGAAGCCUGACCGCAUCGUUCUCGACUCAAUAUUGGCAACUAUUCUUGUCCCAAGGGCUUUGCAUGGGGCUUGGCAUCAACUUCCCUCUCGCCUAA